AUAUGUCCCCCCAUCCUCUCUCUCUCUCUCUCUCUAUAUAUAUGUGAGAUAGAGAGAGUGGCAGUCUGAUUCUUGAGCACAACCACCUCACAGCCUACGAAGAUGGAGCAAGAAGACUCUGUUUACUACUUAGCUGACUCCGACCUAGACCUCAGCUUCACCUCCGUCGCCACCACCGACCGCUCUCUCUCCGCCCGCAGCAGCUUGGCCCGCAGCAGCCUCACCCUCAGCUUAGUCCCGCCUUCCACUGCCGUUCCUAAUUGCCACCCCCGCCCACACCGCCGCCAUGACAACCCCAACUGGGCUGCCAUUCAUGCUGCCACCACUUUGUCUUCCGACGGCUCUCUCCACCUCCGCCACCUCAAGCUCCUCCGUCUCGUCGGAUCCGGAAACCUCGGCCGUGUUUUCCUCUGUCGCCUCCGCGACUACGACCACGCCAACUUUGCCCUCAAAGUGGUCGACCGCGAUUCCUUGACUUCCAAGAAACUCUCCCACGUUCAGACGGAGGCGGAAAUCCUCUCCUCUCUCGACCACCCUUUUCUCCCGACGCUCUACGCCCACUUGGAGGUUUCUCACUAUACUUGCCUCCUCAUGGACUACUGCCCUAACGGCGACCUCCACGCUUUGCUCCGCAAACAGCCCUCUAACCGGCUGCCGAUUCAGGCCGUCAGGUUCUUCGUUGCGGAGGUUCUCUUGGCUCUUGAGUAUUUACACGCUCAGGGCAUUGUGUACCGUGAUCUGAAACCGGAGAACAUAUUAAUCCGCGAGGAUGGUCACAUUAUGCUGUCGGAUUUUGAUUUGUGUUUCCAUUCUGAUGUUUCGCCGAAACUGGAUUCUCGGACCCAGAUUAAGGUGUUUUCCAACUCGUGUUUCGGAGACCGGCGACGGGAAGAACGUGUGACGGAGUUCGUCGCCGAGCCAACGUCGGCGUUCUCGAGAUCAUGCGUCGGCACCCACGAAUACUUGGCGCCGGAGUUAGUCAGCGGUAACGGUCAUGGGAACGGAGUGGACUGGUGGGCGUUCGGGGUCUUGAUUUAUGAGUUGUUGUACGGGACGACGCCGUUCAAGGGCGGGAGCAAAGAGUCAACCCUGCGCAACAUAGCGUCCACCAGAGAGGUGAGGUUUCCGGCGGUGGAAGGAGAGAGAGAGGAGGCAGGGAUGGCGGAGGCCAGGGACUUGAUCGAGAAAUUGUUGGUGAAGGAUCCCAGGAGGAGGCUAGGGUGCACUACGGGUGCGACGGAUAUCAAACGUCACCCGUUCUUUAACGGGAUAAAGUGGCCGUUGAUCAGGACGUACCGGCCGCCGGAAGUUCGUGGGCUGGCGGUGAAACGGAGUAAGAGCAAGGCCCAGCUGGUGGGCGUUGCAUCCCCCAGGCGGCGGCGUUGCUUCUGGAAGAGGCUGAGCCAUUUGACGAGGAUUAAGUCGUCUAAGUACAGCUUAAAUUCGAAUCACAAUUAUUAUUCGUACGUUAAUCACAAAGUUUGAGGUUCUUGAUUUUGUUUAGAAUUUGUUGUAAAAUUUGUGAAAAAUGUAGGAAGAUCAGAAAAUACAUCAAAAUUUUGGUGAAAUUUCUGUUUGUUUGAGCGAGUUUAUACAUACAUGUAAAUUCAUACAAAUUAUAUAUUAAUGAUAUUUUCCCUUGUCUUUUUUUGCAU